AUGGCGAACACCAGUGAGUUCGGGGAGGGCAGCCCGUCCUUCCAGAACUAUGCGUCCGCGGCCCCGGCGGUGCAGCUGGCCUCCCUGGGUCUGAUCAUGGGCUUCAGCCUGCUGGGCAACGCGUCCCUGUCGCUGCUGCUCCUGAAGGACAGCUCCCUGCACCGGGCUCCGUACUACUUCCUCCUGGACCUGUGCCUGGCGGACGUGCUCCGCUCCGCCGUGUGCUUCCCCUUCGUGAUGGCCUCGAUCCGGGGGGGCUCCGUGUGGCCGUACAGCGCGCUGAGCUGCAAGGUGGUCGCCUUCAUGUCGGUGCUCUGCUGCUUCCACGUCGCCUUCCUGCUCUUCUGCGUCAGCGUCACCCGCUACAUGGCGAUCGCCCACCACCGCUUCUACUGCAAGCGGAUGACCCUGUGCACCUGCGUGGCGGUGAUCUGCAUGGUGUGGACCCUCUCCGUGGCCAUGGCGUUCCCGCCGGUGUUCGACGUGGGCACCUACCGGUUCAUCCGUGAGGAGGAGCAGUGCAUCUUCGAGCACCGCCACGUCAAGGCGAACGACACGCUGGGCUUCAUGCUGAUGCUGCUGGUCAUCGUGGGCACGACCCAUGUGGUCUACAUCAAGAUGCUGUGCUUCGUGUACGACCACCGCAAAAUGAAGCCGGCCCAGCUGGUGCCGGCCAUCAGCCAGAACUGGACCUUCCACGGCCCCGGGGCCACCGGGCAGGCCGCCGCCAACUGGAUCGCCGGCUUCGGCCGCGGACCCACUCCGCCGACGCUGGUCGGCAUCCGGCAGGCGUCUCACCCGGGGAACAGGCGGCUGCUGGUGCUGGACGAGUUCAAGAUGGAGAAGCGCCUCGGGAAGAUGUUCUACAUGAUCACGCUGACCUUCCUCGUCCUGUGGGCUCCGUACAUCAGCGCCUGCUACCUGCGGAUCUUCGGGCGGGGGGCUCCGGUGCCGCAGCUCUACCUGUCCGCCGCGGUGUGGAUGAGCUUCGCCCAGGCGGGAGCGAACCCCAUCAUCAGCUUCCUGUUCAACAAGGAGCUCCGGGUGCGGCUCCGAGCCUGUUUCUCCUGCUGCCUUGGAACACAGACUCCCCUGGAGCCAUACUGUGUCAUCUGA